AUGGACUACAGUAAAAUUAAAAAGUUGGACGAAGAAUCACUACAACUUAUGACUGAAGGAAAAGGGCCGAGCGACAAGUGUAUUUGUAAUCUCCUUUACACCCCAGAAGAAAAGAGGAGUAUCAAGUCCACCAUAAAAAAGGCGUUAGCUUCUUUGGGGGGCAGAAGUAGAAGUAGCAAGAAGGAUAAUGGUUCUCACGAAGCGGUUGUGCCCCUAAAUUUCUCUAAAGGAGCGAAAGGAGGAAUACACUCCACGAAAGAGGUCGUUAAACGCAAAAGCGCUUGUGGCAAAUGCGGUUGUGACAAGGAGAACUUCGUGCUCAAACAUUCGUUCGCGAACAUUCGUAUUGUUACCCCGGACAUAUCAACUAUAUGCCCCUGUCCUGAAGACUGCCUACCAGAUAGAGAAAAACUCCAAAACAACAUUAAAGUCACCGUGGAGCAUAUGAAAAUGGUUGGGUCACAGUCACAGAAUGAUCAAGAAUCAACUAUAGACGCGCGACGCACUAUGAGCGAACCGAAAAUGGCGCGAAGAACAUCUCUUUUGUCUCUGGUCGAUGAAAAAUAUGACGAAUUCGAAUACGAGUCGAGUCGAGAGGACUCUGAAGAUGAAAAGAGUGAUAAAAUAUUUAAACCUGUUGAUUGA